AUGGCGACGCUGGGGCUCGACGACGACGAGCUCAAGGCGGUUGAGCAGACGCUGGCUCGGUUGGCGCAGCUCUCAAGCAGCAUACAGAGUCUGAAGAUGGACAUUCUGAAGAGCAAUCCGCUUCCACAUCCCUCCUCAUUACAAGCCUCCGCCCAGAUCCUCCAGCGCAAUCUACAAACAGUACUAGACAACCUCAGCGAGAACUCGGAGCUCUUUUCACGAAUUGCCGUGCAUCCCUCGACAAAUUAUCCCGGGCGGACGCAAGAGAUCGUUUUGACGCAGCUGCUGCGCAAGAAGCUGGAACCAGAUGUGGAGGAGCUUGUUGAGCAAGGUCGAGAAACUGCACGCCUAGCUACCCCCGAGGGCAUCGCUGAACUACAAGGCAUAUGGGACGAAUUGCGCGAAUGGACACACGAAAGGAUUGCCAACUACGUGAGGGAAGAGGCCGGAGACGUCUACACAAAAGAAGAGAGGGAGAUGGGCAUCGAGAAUGUCCGCACAGGCCUGAAAAAGGGCCUGGAUGAGGAAAGCGAUGAAGAGGAGGAUGAGGACGAGGAUGAAGAUGACGAAAGUGAAGAUACGAUGGACGGGGUCGCAAAAUCAGCGGCGGUGGCGAGAGGUCCAGAGCCAGAGACGCUCCUGUGGUUUGCGUCGCGGGGAGAUUUUGAUGUGCCGCGGAACGUCGAAUACGAGCGGAAAACUGGAGUCAAGAGAGGAUAUGAAGGAGUAAAUAUACCACCAGGCUCUGGGUCAUCCUAG